UAAUCAAAGUUAAAAAAAAACAAAAAAAAAAACAACACAAAAUCCUAAAUUUGAGUAGUGAAAUGGUUAAAAUUUUCCUCAAGCCUUGUUUACACCGGCAGUGCUACCCUCCCCCAUGCUUCACUACAGCUCCAUCCCCCAACUCCUCCUUCCUCAUCCUGCCACUGUUUCCAACAGCUGAUUGCAGAUAAAGAGAAAAGCCUGGAGUCCAAGGGGGAAAAAAGGAGUUGAAAUACCCCCCCAAAAAACAUCGCUGGACUCCGGAGACACACGCACGCGCCUCCAAAAUACCGCUUGUUUCGACCGUUUAAAGCGCGGAGCUCGCGACCAACACCGUCGGCUAACUUUCCGUCCGUCCACAGAGAAGACGCGUAGCCGACAGCGUGGCGGAAUCCUCUUGGACCUAACAGAAAUGGCCUUCCAUGGCUCCGCUCGGCCCGCCGUAUGUGGAAACUUGUUCCCAGCUUCGGAUUUGGGCCCCAAAUAUUUCUGCGUGAACAGUUCAGGAAGCACCGCAGCCUGCAGCGGGUUAAACGGCGCACAGAAGCCACUCGGACCCGGACAGCCGGCAGAGGCCCCACGACACCCGGCUACCGUCGGAGCGAGCACAGGCGGAGGAGCAGCGGUGCCCCAGCCGCACAGCAGCCCGGCCAGUGAGGUGCCGUGCCCGGCUGAGAUGGAGCCCGACAGGCCAAUCGGAUACGGAGCGUUUGGUGUUGUGUGGUCAGUGACGGACCCCCGGGACGGGCGGAAAGUUGCUCUGAAGAAAAUGCCCAACGUCUUCCAGAACCUGGUCUCUUGUAAGCGCGUGUUCAGGGAGCUCCGCAUGUUGUGCUUCUUCAAACACGACAAUGUGUUGUCUGCUCUGGAUAUUCUUCAGCCUCCACAGAUUGACUGCUUUGAAGAGAUAUAUGUGAUCACCGAGCUGAUGCAGAGUGACCUGCACAAAGUCAUAGUGUCUCCUCAGCCUCUCACCACCGACCACAUAAAAGUGUUCCUCUACCAGAUACUCAGGGGCCUGAAAUACCUGCAUUCUGCUGGAAUUCUGCACAGAGACAUAAAACCAGGGAACCUGCUAGUCAACAGCAACUGUCUCCUCAAGAUUUGUGACUUUGGAUUGGCUCGAGUUGAAGAGCCCGACUCCUCACGUCACAUGACUCAAGAAGUGGUGACUCAGUACUACAGGGCCCCUGAGGUUCUGAUGGGCUCACGGCAUUACGGAUCAGCCAUAGACAUCUGGUCUGUGGGCUGCAUCUUCGCUGAGUUACUGGGUCGCCGAAUCCUCUUUCAGGCCCAGAGUCCUAUUCAGCAGUUGGAUCUCAUAACUGAUUUAUUGGGAACUCCUCCAUUGUCAGCUAUGGCAUCCGCAUGCGAGGGUGCUCGAGCACACAUCCUACGCGGACCUCACAAACCGCCAUCACUGUCUGUUCUGUAUAUGCUGUCAGAUGGAGCCACCCACGAGGCCGUUCAUCUUCUGUGCCGCAUGCUAGUUUUUGAUCCAGCUAAGCGGAUCUCCGGCAGCGACGCGCUCUCUCACCCAUAUCUAGACGAGGGCCGCUUGCGGUACCACACCUGCAUGUGUAAGUGCUGCUACUCAGUACCCAGCGGGAGAGUGUACACCCGGGACUUUGAACCUGCUGCAGAGAGGCCCUUUAGCCACAGUUAUGAGGAGAGCAUGCUUUCUGUCUGGCAGGGCAAAGAGCUCAUUCAUCGGUUCAUCACUGAGCACCAGCAGGGAAAGAGAGUGCCUUUGUGCAUCAACCCCCAGAGUGCAGCCUUCAAGAGUUUUAUAAGGUCCACGGCUUGGCAUUCCUCGAAAGUAUCAAGAAAAGAAGAAAGAUGAGUUUGUCAAAACAGGAGUCAUGGAAGACGUAGUUGACUAUAGGAGCAUGCUUGUGCUUGAGAUGAAUGACUGUUUACAUUUGGUUCUUGUCAGAUUAUGUAGGUCUGAGUGCCUAGGCUUGGUGCUAACUUUGGCACAGGAUGAACAUUGUCCUAACGUCCCAAAAAAAAAAAGAAAAUCCUACAGUACCUAAUUCUGUAGACAUUCUUUCAAUAGUGACAGUCUAACUAUGCUGCUGCAAACGUUUUAUACUGACUGAGCUUGAGGAUUAUGGAUGCUGAGUUUCAGAAGUGAAGACAUCCUUUUUAUGGAUUGAAGAUACACAAGCAUAGUGGUUAUUAGAAUAAUGAUGGCACAUACAUGUGUGUUGUGCAAUACCAAUAUGUUAGGGGAGGUUUCAGUAUUUCUGGGCUUCAACUGCCAUUCAGAUUUGUUUUUGUCACGUUCUGUCAAGUCUUUUACUGUGUUCUUGAACUGUUCUUGUGGUAAUUUGGUUUUUCUCACUUGUUCAUCACUUAUUUCCUGUAACUCUCCUUUAAGCAUAUUUCCAGUAUUGCAUUGUGUCAUACACAUUUAUGUUGCCUUUUUAAUUUCUAUUUAAAAAAAAAUUUAAAUUCUUUCACUGAAAGCAGUGAUUUUAUAGUUAAAAUGCCACCGGUUUUCCUCGUGUGACUUAUUGUCACGGGAUAGUAAAUUGAGAUGCUGUGGGGAUUAAGAUCACAAAGAUGUGUCGAUGCUUUUGUAUGUGUAUGUAACCUCUCCUAAGCGUUAUGUGCAAGGAUUUAAAUUUUUAUUUACAUUUUGUGAGCUGGAUAGCUUUUUUUUUUUUUUUUUUAAAAGUUAGGAGACUGUUUUUGAACUGACUUUGUAAUCGAAGCUAGAACAUGUACACUUGAGUGAUGCAUGAGGUGUGUGUGUGUGUGUGUGUGUUUGCUUUGUUCAGGAGCGGAGAGCGUUCAGGGGGAUGUGCAGUGCUGUGCUUUUUCACAUUCAUUACCUCACAUAAACCCACUGUGCACUGGCUGAGUGUGCUCAGACUAAACCCAACUAUUAACCACGUACUGUACAGGGAUCUGUGCUAAUCACUGAACCACUCAUCCCUACAAAUUCCCUUUUUAUCUGUGUGUAUCUCUCUCCUUCCUUGCUCUGGCUGAUGCACAUGUCUCAGAUCGCUUUCGGAGGGAAAUGCUGCUGUUCAUUUGAUUGACGUUUUCACUUCAGUCAUAACUAGUGUUGAGCUCAGGUUUCAUAUCGCAGACUCUGCUGUAAACACACAGGGACGCUUGUCCGGGCCACGGCGGUCCGUUCCUGGUGCUGUGAACUGUAAAGGCCUUGGUUUUGUUUUGUUUUUUGUUUUUUUGCUCUACAAGCUCAAGACUUGUGCCUGUUGGCCACCACUAGGUGGUGACGAGCACACGAAGCUGCUGGACAGACACAGUUCUCAAGGACGUCCACUGAAACCGGUCCGCACAUGGAAAAGGACUUUGUUUAGGGAUUCACCUCUACUUCAGAAGUCCAGUGAUCUAAAAAAAACUUGUGCUUUUUUUUUUCCUUUUUUUUUUUUUUUUUUGGUCAUAGGAUUUUCUUAAAUUAAGUUUUUUUUUCCCCCUUUUAUAUCAACGUGUUGUGACCAAUUUUUUUUUCUUUCUUUCGUUAAAUAUACUUUUUUCUUUUUCAUUCUUAAGGUUUUGUAGUUUGACCACUUUGCUAUUGUGUUGGUAGAAGAACUAGAAGUGUAGUGAUAUGAAGAGAACGUUAUGUCGGUCUAGGAUUUUCUCGUAUCGACCGCUAAUUACAACGUGAGGAUGUUUUAAUUAAUGGUGAGAUUUGCAUUAGUCAUGAGCUCAUAGUUAGACGUUUUAUGAUCGAAAAAAAAGAAAACUUGAUAUUUGUGUUGAUGACUAUUAUGGUUAGUAAUAUCAAAAGCUUGUUUUAAAAAAAAAAAUGAUGGCUGUUUUUUUUUUGUUAUUUAUAUUUUAUUUUGUCAUUUUAUUGAAAAUUUUUUUUUUUUUUUUUUUUUUUUUUUGGUUUGUGUUUACAACAGAUGCUUGAAAUUUUUAAGGAAAAAAGCGGUUUAUGGUGAACCUGUCAAUAAAGAGCGAACACUGGAGACAAAGUGCCACGUCAACUCGAUAGAUAGGGGUCUGUCCUUUUUCUUUUUUUUCCCUUAAGGUGAAUGGCCAAUUCAAAACUUUUGCUUAAUUUGCAAGUUUAUAUAUUUUUAUAUAAUUUUCAAGAAUUAUUAUUUUAUAGACUUUUUUUCAUUUAGGGAACUUCCACAAUCCAGCUAGAAGAAACAAACAUUUUCCAUUCAUGCUAAUAGAAUAAUAGAAAACAGCUGUAGGGGAUUAGUGACACAACUCCAGAGCUAUGGAUUUAAACAUACAAGAUGAGAGCUAGCAAAUGUUCAAGCACAACUUUUUAGUCACAUUGUCAUUCAGGGCAA